AUGUCGGUGUUUUGUGUGCAGUGCAGCGCAGGACGUCGUACCAAAGAUGUGUUCAUAAAUUCCCCUUUAUUUGCUAAAAGCUUUCUGGUAUUUUGAGGGAAAAUGGCUGACAAUUUAGUAAAAAGAAGUUCGUCUGUCCCAGCAACAAAGAAGGAUACUCUACCGGACGAUACUAAGAUUUCAGACCAUUCACCAGACGUCCCCGAGUGUGCAGUCUGCCUCCAGACAUGUAUCCAUCCAGUCAAACUUCCAUGCACCCACAUCUUCUGUUUCCUCUGCGUCAAAGGAGCUGCGAACCAGAGUCGACGGUGCGCCCUCUGUAGGCAGGCUAUCCCUGUUGAAUACUUCAACAAUCCGACACUUGUUGGUAAGGACGUCAAGGAGACAAAAGAAGUGGACUUGGAAACGGAAACCGAUCAUUACGCAUGGUUUUACGAAGGGAGGAAUGGCUGGUGGCAGUAUGAUGAACGGACAAAUGUUGAACUAGAGGAAAGCUACAAUGCCAAGAAAAGAUCCUUUGAGCUGUUGAUCGCUGGGUAUAUGUAUGUUGUUGACUUGGACAAUAUGCUUCAGAUGAGAAGACAUGACCAGUCGCGUCGUCGACGCAUCAAAAGGGAUUUGAUCAGUGCCCCAAAGAAAGGAAUAGCAGGAUUGAAAAUCGCUGCACAUCAAGACAGUUCAGCAGCGACGGAGGAUCAGAACUCAGAGCCUGAGAAAAGUGAGACAGCUGCUGCUGGUGGUUGUGUCCCCUCACAGGAAAGUGUCCCCUCACAGGAGAAUGGUACUGACCAUAACAGUGUGAGUGAGCAUAUCCUGGAUGAGACCAAUAGGAGAACAGCAGGGGUGGGGAGGGAUGCAUUUGCAGCUGUUGAUCAGUAUGAUGCAGAUGAUGAUGGUAGUGAUGAUGAUGACGACGAUGAUGUCCAGCGGCCGGAAUCACAAUGUGAUGACCAAAGGUCACGACCUCUGCAGCGAGGUCACUCAAACCAUCCGGUUGGGACUACAAAGCACCCAACAGCAACGUCGCAAAACAUAAACUCAAGCAGCAGAAGAAAUCCACAAGGGCUACCCACACUUAUGAGACCUCAACGAGUCAGCUCAGCACCCGAGACAAACCCAGGGAGACGCAAUCAACAGACAUCAAUUGUUGAUCCACAACAAGAGAGUGUGGAUGCAACCAGUGUGGAUGACUCCAUGCAUUCACUUCAGAUCUCCACACCAGACGACGUUGUGUAUGAGGUGACAACAGUGCCAGUUCAGCCUACUGAAAGAGCGGUACGCCAGCGUCGAACACGCCAACGACAGAACGAUGAUGUUGCAUUAUAAUGCCUUUUGCAAAUGUUAAGAGAAAAAAAAAGUUUCUUUGAGUCAUAUUGAACACUGAACUAAUAUUUGAUCACUUCCUAUAAAUAAAGGUUGACUCUGUACCAAAAUUGCAAACUAAGGAUUAUCCCUAACCAUAUGGGAUCGGUCAUACCACCAUAUAACAGAGUCCAACAGUUUUCAUUUUGGGUGUUGAGUUACUGUAUGGUGUUGGAUUGAGGACUGCACUAGUAAACUGAUUAUGCUUUAGGCCCCCAUCACUACGAACUCGUUCUCCCUACGUUCUGAAAAAAGGUAGCUUAACAGGCUUAAACUGUGUGCAAACAUAGUGGAUGUACAUUGUAGUAGCAACUUGUUACGGUCUGUUGUGAUGCUCCAGAACUUUGAGCCUGCUCAAAAGUUUCAGGCAACCAUCCAGUUCUACCAGACCAAAUCCGUCAUACUUUUUUUUCAUGAUUUGUAUGGACGCUUUUAGAAAUAGUAUUGUUGUGACACAGCCUUUUGCGUGGUUGGGAUCAGGUCAGGCACACAUGUACCUCCAUAGUCAGAUCAGAGUCCAACAAAACAGUUUCGGUGUUGAGUCGCCAUGUUUAGUGUUUGAUUUUGUCAAUGUGGAGAAUGAUCUUAGUAAAUGAUAUAAAUAUGAUAUAUUCCCUCCUCCUCCAAGCAAAAUGCUUCUGCCAACAUGUAAUAACAAUAUGAUUAUGUACUGUGAUUUGUUAGUGUAAUUAAUUUGGUAAUGGGAUAUUCAAACACGAUUUUAGGGCUGUAUGCUUCGUUUUUGAUAGAGCAAGGGCACCAAGGCUUUUUCUUCUGGGUAAAGGGCACCCUAUGA